AAAACAGUCCAAGGGCUAAGCCAUCGCAGAAAGGGAAGUGACGGCGGCGGCGGAGAUGUGGUUCAGCGGACUGAGGAAGCUCCUGGGACCCACAGCUUCCGGCAACGAUCAUGGCGGUUCGCUGUUGGUGAGGUACAUGUCCCGAAAACGGGCCGUCAACGUUCGGAAGAUAAACCCUAAGGUUCCGAUCCAAGAAGCAUACGCCAUUUCCGACUCCCUCUACCACCUCAUCAAGCAACAUGGCCCUCUUUCCGUCCCCAACACUUGGAUCCGCGCCCAGGAAGCAGGCAUUAGUGGGCUGAACAGCAAAACCCACAUGAAAUUAAUACUAAAGUGGAUGAGAGGGAGAAACAUGUUGAAGUUGAUCUGCAACCAUGUCGGUUCCAGCAAGAAGUUUGCACACUGCACGUUGCCUGAAGAUAAUCCUCAAACUAAUCAAACUGUGACUGAUGAAGACGAUAAGAUUAAGAAGAAGCCAUCAAGCAAGCGAAAGCAACGAGCUAAAUGAGGAUCAAUGCCGAAUCAGUUACCUUUUCUUUUUAUGUCGUUUGUCAAAUGUGCCUUUCUUUUAGCUUCCAUUUGACAUGUUUACAGGACAGUUUGUGAUUAGCAUUUGUAGCUCUCUUACUGGAAAAACCUCGUCAGGUUUGGAACUUUGAAAAAGAACAGUUGUUUUUCAAAGCAGAUCGAUCUUAAGGGUGCCCGA